AUGACGAUGGACAGCAACGAAUUACGUCGUGCAAGUGAAGAGGUGGAAGGAACACCAGCACCUGCCUCAGCGGGAUCAGAGCAGAUGGAUGAGCCUGCUGAUGCUUCGGUACAGCCAGCACCACGCCGCAGACCUGGAAGACCAAGGAAGAGUGUGAACCAAACUCCUACCAAAGCUCUGACGGUGAAGGCAACGGAGACCAUCCUACGCCGUUCGACACGUGCAAAUUCGAGGAAGAGCGAAAGCAUUCAGGCAACAACAUCAGACCAAGACGACAUGCCGGUGACUUCAGGAGCAGCGACAACACCAGCACCGAGCGUGCCUGAAGUGGCCCUUGCUGUGGAUGAAGAAAUGCAGACGGAAGACAACAUUGUAGUUGCCAUGACGAAGCCAGCUGCGAACGAACAGAGAUAUAUUCCAGGCGACCACGCUGCUCAGACGCCCGAGCCGGAAUCCGUGUCGAGAAGCGAAGAAAGAGAGCCGCCGUCACUCGGUGCCCCAACACCGAUGCCAGACUCCACAACAUUCGUCCCGACACCAAACACCUCGAACCAAACACCUCAACCUUUAGGAGGACUUUACAAGAGCAAGUAUGCGCAAAUUCCGACCGCCGAAUGCAGUCCAAAGAAACGGUCAUUAGCCGAAGAUGGUAUUGAAGAUCAAUCAGACCAUGGAGGAGCUCGAUCGAUGAAGCGAGCCCGCCUUUUUGACAACACAUGUACACCAGGCCCCAGUACAGCAACGUUCCCUAACAACCAGACGAUCCCUAGCAAAUGGUCAGGGCACGUAUGGGCGCCGACUAAUACAACAAUGAGGAAUGAGAAACAUAGACAUGUGUCAUCUGAUCGCGAAGAGACAACAGGACGAUCGACGGCCGACCGGGACACUGUAGAGCGUGAAGUCAUUCAAGGAGUCAUGAUCAAGCAGGAACCGUUGACCGAUGACGUACCCACACCUCCUCCUCCACCCCCGCCUUCCAAUCCAUCUACUCACGUAUUCGGCACUUCGAUGCCACCAAUCUCCUUCCAACCUCCACAAAUGAGCCAAGCGCCUACAGGGCCACGCAGAGUCAACGAUCCAAUCCGACGAGUGGCGCCUCAUCCAGCAUAUCCCACGUUCGACGUAUGGGAGCUCUGUACACCACAACCACAGCGAUCAGGUGAUCGCCAAUUGUCACCCCAGGAGGUGAAGCUUCUGGAUGACUUGCAAGAAAAGGUGAACAGAGUGCUUGGUGGCGGGGAGGCCAGAGUCGAUGUCAUGAGCCAAAUCCCAGCUUGGAUGCGACUACGACUAUCAAAUGCCCAAAAAAAGAUUCUACAAGAGCUGCAUCAAACGAUCGCUUGCUUUCGACGAAACAACCAGCCGGGCAAUGGAAGAGGAAACCCUGUCGCUACCAGACCAGCACCUGUUCCAGCAAGACCCGCCCCAGCACCACAAAGACAUGUCCAGGCCCAACCACUAGCUAGAGCUGCCACAACACAACCUCAAACACAACUUUCUGUUCCUCAACAGGGCGGCCAGGUCUUGGCCCUCUCAGACCUGGAUAUAAACAACCUAUCCGGCAUGUCAUUAGUGAACAGCGCAGUCCAAAAGAUCAACGAGUUGCUGAGGCUAGCUGGUCAGGAUAGUGUCCAGUUCAGCUUGUCCGGGCGAGAUAAGUUGAUCUUCGAGCAGGAGAAUAGGCCAUGA